GAUUCUACGGAAAUUGAACGCGUCAAACGCGUUCACUUUGUCUUCAUUAUGUAUCUUGAAGAGCUUAUACUAGAGGGCUUCAAAUCUUAUCCAGUAAGAACGUCCAUCACUGGUUGGGACCCUUCCUUUACGGCUGUUACUGGUCUCAAUGGUUCUGGAAAGGUGCGAGCUACCAACCAACAAGACCUAAUUUACAAACGUGGUCAAGCGGGCAUCACAAGAGCAAGUGUAACUGCAGUAUUCAAUAAUUCCGAUAGAAGCAAAAGUCCCGUUGGACUCGAACAAUGCGCACAGAUUACCGUCACAAGGCAGAUUGCCCUUCCAAAUGUUUCCAAAUAUCUCCUCAACGGCCAUAAAUCCACUCAACAAGCAGUUCAACUUCUAUUCCAAGGUGUCCAGUUAAAUAUUAAUAAUCCUAAUUUCCUGAUCAUGCAAGGAAAAAUUACAAAAGUGCUUAACAUGCGACCUCCCGAAAUCCUAGGGCUCAUUGAGGAAGCGGCUGGCACACGAAUGUACGAAGAACGCAAGGAUAAGGCCAGGAAGACGAUGGCUAAAAAGGAAAAGCGUGUUGAAGAAAUCACAUCGCUCCUCAACGAAGAGAUCACGCCAAAACUCGACAAGCUCAGAGAUGAGAAGCGAUCCUUCUUGGCAUAUCAAAAGCGUUCAACCGAAAUCGAGAAAAUGGCGAGAAUGCUUAUGUCUCAUGAGUGGAGGGAAUCUACGGAACGAGUCAAAAGAAAAGAUGCAGAAAUAGAGAAAAGGACUGCACAACUUGCCACUCAUAAAGAGACGGUUGCAACUCGGGGGGGAGAGCUAUCCGCCGCCGAAGCAGAAAAGAAGGCCGCCAUCAAGAGGAGAGACAAG